UUCUAAGCCAAUUGUCAACUAAACACUGCACCGACACAUGCAUAUGCAAAAGUAAAGGGUAGGAGCAGGUUUCACAGCGUUAAAAAUGAAGAAGUCGUAUUUGCUACUUGUCCUGUUUGUCCACGUUCUACUAACCACUCAUAAAGUCGACUCACAUAGACGUAGGAUAAGCCACAAAACCACAAAACCCCCAACACGAAAACGAACCACUCGAAAGCCGACAACAUCUCUGCGAAAACAUUGUCAUGCCAUGAAACACUGCAAGGUAACUCAGUGGAACACAUGGAGUUCAUGUUCAGUAGCUUGCGGAACAAGAGGAGUGCAAACACGCAUUAGAAAGGUAGGCUAUUUUUCAACUCUUUUUGCGGGUGCCUCUAGCAGAUCUGUACUGAACCGAACAAUCAAUUUCAACACCUGGUGAGUGAAAAGAGUGUAAAAGCGACCAAGGAAUGAACGACUAAAUAAACCAAUUUGUGAGCGAAGUAAUAGGGGUAUGAAAACUGUCACAGAAAUGAGAAGGAUUGAGCCAGGAUUGCAUAAGGUCAGGGUAUCAAUAGCAGUAGGCAAAUCACAUACUUUUGCACUGUACUUCAAUAACAGCAAGAAUCUUGAAUCUUUUUCGGUGAAACAACUAAAUGAAUACCAUUCAGACUCAAUUUCGAAACCCAAAAUACUUCAUGUGAAAUUGCUUUUAAUGUGUUUUUCACCAUCAGGUUGUUAAGCGUCCGGUGUGCGGGGGCGUUUGCCCAUUUGAUUUGAAGCAGUCUCGGGGCUGUAAUCAUUAUUGUCACAAUGGAGGUACUCUAGAAAAAGCAACAUGCAUAUGUCUGCCCCGUUACGGUGGACAGUGCUGCCAACAAGGUUUGUAUGUGAGGCAAUUUUUUUUUACAAACGCAGUCACUCCAAUUUAGUUUUUUUUUUGCAUGAAAAAAAAAAUGGCAAUGACUGGAAAGUAUUAAACUGUUCUUUUUUUAAGUGAAUGGGGAGACUGGGACCAAUGCAGUGCUACUUGCGGAAAUGGAACACAAAAGCGUCACGGACUGCUAUAGUGAAGCGAUAUUGGCGGCGGAGGGAAAAUGAUGGAGGUUUGGGUUGGGUCAUGUUCAUUACGCCAUCCCACCCAAACGUCCCUCGUUUUUUUCAUUCCUCUGCCUAACUAUCCUCCGCGCCACUCUCUCUGAUUACUAUCGCUCUUCGUUUUACCAACCGAACACCUGGAACAGAAUAAACAUUUUUGCAAUACAUCCGUAUGUCUCAGAAAGUUUGGACUUCCUACUUGACACUCUGCAAUAGUAUUGUGCCAAGAGAGACAACUAACUAAUUCAGUAAUGUUGAACUGUAUCCAAGAUCCAUCACAGGCAAACACCCCAUCCGUACAAGGGUGUAUCAAUAUAUAAUUAUACCUUUAGAAAGGUGACCAAAGGAGUAAAAAGGAAAAUUUUAAACGCCGGAAUUACAUCUUUGCCACUAUUCUGUGCUAACUAUUAGUUGUAAUUAUCGCAUUUUCAUGUUGCAAAAGUUCACGGAGGAUGGAGCUGCUGGGGAGUAUGGGAUGACUGUUCCAAGACCUGUGGUGGAGGCAAACAAACACGUCACAGGACUUGUAACAACCCCCUCCCUGCUAGCGGGGGACGUCCAUGUCUGAAGAACGGUAGCAGUCAAACCAAAAAAUGCAACGUCAUACCUUGUCCAGGUAAUAGGCUUCCCUACCAGUGACCACUAAUUUUUUCGUCGGGUAUUGUCCCGCACUGUGUAAUGAAAACUGAUGGUGUGAACUACCGGAUGUCUCGUACUCUUUCUUAGCCAUGCUCUUAGGUUAUAUGCGCGGACAAUUUAAACUCAGCUAGAAAUUACUUGUAUAUGAUGGCUGGGCGUCCUGGGGUGAUUGGGGCAAAUGCAGCGUGACUUGUGGUGGUGGAACACAAACGAGCUCUCGAUCGUGCAGCAAUCCACCCGUGGCUUAUGGUGGUAAAACUUAAGUAGGCCCGAAGGAAAUGAUUCAGAACGAAGAUAAUGUUUUUUGUCGAGGCAAACGUUUCUUAAAAAGCAUAAAGAUCAACUUAUAUUUUUUUAGUAGUGGAAAUUAAUCUACCAGAGUAUGUCCCAGCAAAACGCUACUUAAAUGUUUUCAAUUCGGUAUGAAAUGAUAAUGUCAAAGCCUAAUUCCAAAUGACUCAAUCCCAAUAUGAUUCAAUAGUUCUCAAACACCUUAGUACGUCAUCAUUUUUUUACUUCUUCAAACUCUUCCAAAUGCAUAUCCGGAAGUUGCAGUCGUCUUGAAUAAUCUUUGUUUAGUUCCCUAUUAAAUUAAGGUUUAAUGAGUGAUAAUGAAAACUUCAACUGAUUGUGUCCUCCGCUAUUUUAGACGAAAGGCAACUUACAUGGAAGGUAACGUAUGGAGCAAUUUUUAACCUUAGCUCUGCUUAACAUGUAUUCCCAACUCUAGUAAAUGGUGGCUGGACGUCAUGGGGUGAUUGGAACAAAUGCAGCGUGACUUGUGGUGGUGGUACACAGAAGCGUUCUCGCUCAUGCACAAAUCCUCCCGCAACCCAUGGAGGAAAAACGUGUGCAGGUCUGAAGGACAUGACUCAGAACUGCAAUGAUGAUAUUCUGUGUCCAGGUAAGAACUUCCUUGGCCACAAAACGUGACAAAACGUUUUGGAAAUGUUGCUUUGUAAGUCGAGAAUGUUGGAAAAAUGGCAAUGACUGGAAAGUAUUAAACUGUUCUUUUUUUAAGUGAAUGGGGGCUGGACACCAUGGGGAGACUGGGACCAAUGCAGUGCUACUUGCGGAAAUGGAACACAAAAGCGUUCACGCUCAUGCACCAAUCCACCUACAGCCCAUGGGGGAAAAAGGUGUGCAGGUCCGAAGGAAAUGACUCAGAAUUGUAACGAUGACGUUCUCUGUCCAGGUAAGAAAAUUUUUGCAAGGAGGAUCUGGCACAACAAGUAUCUUUCAUGAAAAAAUUUCGCUACGUAUCUAGGGAACAGGACUUUUAACAGAAUGUAGAAAUGCAUUUGUUCAGUGAAUAGCGGCUGGAAAGAAAAUAUUGGGAACAUGACCUUUACUGUAAUGUUUGUUCAAAAUGCUUUUGCCCAGUGAAUAAUGGCUGGGCAACAUGGGGAGACUGGGAAAAAUGCAGUGUGACUUGUGAUGGUGGAACACAGAAGCGUUCUCGCUCAUGCACCAAUCCUCCCGCAGCCCGUGGGGGAAUAACGUGUGCAGGUCUGAAGGACAUGACUCAGAAAUGCAAUUAUAAUAUUCUGUGUAAAGGUAAGAACCUCCUUGGCUUUUGGAAAUGUUGCUAUAUUAUAGGUCGAGAAUAUUGGAAAGAUGGCAAUGACCGGAAAGUAUUAAAUCACUCUUUCUUUAAGUGAAUGGAGGCUGGACAAUGUGGGGAGAGUGGGACAAAUGCGGUGCCACUUGCGGAGGUGGAAAACAAAAGCGUUCUCGCUCAUGCACCAAUCCACCCACAGCCCACGGUGGUAAAACCUGUGCAGGUCCGAAGGAAAUGACUCAGAUUUGCAACAACGAUGUGGGGUGUCCAGGUGAGAAACGAUCUGUCACAAGGUUUGCUCAUCCUUACUUCAUUCUUAUCAUGCUGUGAGUUGUGUGAGGAGAGACGAUGUAAACAACAAGUUGUGACUUCGUCUCUCCUUCUUACGUUAGCCAGUAACGCAUCAAACAAUUUUUACCUUACCUUUAGUAACCUGCUUUACCUAAAAAUAUAUAAUUUGUCUCUAGUAAAUGGCGGCUGGACUUCUUGGAGUGAUUGGAGCAAAUGCAGCGUGACUUGUGGUGGUGGAACACAAACACGUUCUCGCUCGUGCACUAAUCCAGUUGUAGCUCAUGGUGGUAAGAAUUGUUCGGGCCCGAAAGAAAUGACUCGGCACUGCAACGAUGAUGUUUUCUGUCCAGGUGAGCUUUUUCGGGCUCAGUAAUCAAAUAAAAGCCCCUAUGUUAAUGGCAGAGUAAAAAAUACUGGAAAAUGGCAAUAACUACAAUAUUUUUGAAAAACAAAUUUCUCCAGUGGAUGGUGGCUGGACAACAUGGGGAGACUGGAACACGUGCAGUGUGACUUGUGGAAGUGGAACACAAAAACGCUCUCGCUCAUGCACUAAUCCUCCCGCGGCCCAUGGUGGUAAAACUUGUGUGGGUCCGAGAGAAAUGAUUCAGAAAUGCAACAAUUAUGUCUUGUGUCCAGGUAAACGUUUACAGGACUAACAAUCAAGUAAACGCUCACUUUUAAUUGUUGAAAUAAAUCGACCGCAUGCCGUAUAGAUUAAUCUUCCAGUCAACCUGUAUUUAAUAAAAUAUCUAUCAAACUAGACUGAGAUGUUAGAUAAGUUGUUUUCAGAGUAAAAAGAAAAAGCUUAAAGUGGAAAUAAUUGCUUUCAUUUACGACGAAACAUUCAAGUACAGGGAAGUAACGAUGAAGAUCCUUCUUAAAACGUGCGAUCCGCUCGCAACAAGCACAUGUAUAACCAAGUAAUGGCAUAAGGAUAAGAAAUGGAAAGCUCUUACACCUGGCUCUGACCAACAAGGAACAUUACAAGGAAUUCUUAUCACUAAUAGUUCCUCUCAUUUUAGUUGAUGGUGGCUGGUCUGGGUGGGGAGACUGGGGUAAGUGUGACAAGAGCUGCUUUAAAACAAGAACAAGGAAAUGUAACAGGCCCACUCCGUCUAACAAUGGUAGGCAAUGUAUCGGUCCACCCACAGAGAGGUUCAGAUGUUCUUUUGAUGAAUGUAUGGGUGAGUAAUUGUACUUUUUACCGCUACAGCUAAAAGCACCGAGUUAAGUUUCCAUUUUUCAGUUAAUGAAUUAUUAAUCAAUUCAUGCAUUAAUUGUUGUAAUGCCUGUAAAUUAAAUUACGCCAUAAAAGACGAUGUAGAAAAUUUCGGAGACUCGAAGAAAGAUGCUAGGAUAUCAUAAUAUUCUAAAAAGUGCCUUUAGGAUAUUUCUUUGCUCUUCAGCGACCAGCGGACACAGAAAGCAUAGAGGGAAGUUUGUGUCAUGUCAUUAGGUAAACGGUGAAUCGUGUAGUCUGUGCUUUAACGAGAAAGUAGUAAGUAAAAAGACUGUUUUCGAGUACGGCGGUGCACGUUACGAAAAUUUCAUCGUCAAGUAACUCUGCUCAGUUUCUCGAAAUAUCGAUCACAAUCAGAGACCAUAGUCCUUCCAGAAUUACUCUCACCUGGACCAUCAGAUUGGAGAUCGAAUGUUACCCCCAGGAUCUAAUUAUCUACUCUAUUAUGUAAACAAUUUAUAUUACAAACGACUAAGUACUCUUGAUUUGAAUAUAGCCAUACUCGCUACUUCCGCUCAAGUCAGGUUGCGUCAACAACAUCCUAACAACUUUGAUUUUGCCGAGUUUUUGGACCGUUUAAGAAUUACUCUUGUGUUUGAGAGAGGACUGAAUACAGUGAAAGGGGUUCAUCAUGUUCUUAUCCAUUCUUUUUCUUUGUGCAGUAAUUGGUAUGUGGACUUUUUUUUAAUUUCAAGCUUGUUUGCAUUUUCGGGUUUUUCGUCGAGCAAGUCCUGGGUACUUACUUAUCACAAUUUCGAAAAGAAUGGAGCUGUUCACUGAUAAUACGCAUGAAAUGUUAUUUUGAACGGAAAAGUGACGUAGAUGACUAACUAUACCACCUUUCCAGUCAACUCGACAGCGAUCAAACAUGUCUGUUCAAAGGAAUUUGAUCGUGGUCACGGAGGAAUUUGAAAAUUAAACUAAGUCGAGUGAAGCUUUCGUUUUAGUUGAGAGCUUCUGAUAGAUUUGCUCCUCAGUUACCUUAAAGAUACCACGUUGCAAAACAUUAAUUGACAACUCUGCGUUUCAUUUUUCGAUCGUGUUGAAAAUCUCUUUGGUUUGUAAAUUUCAAGUAACAAUUUUCUCUUCCUCUCCCCUCUUACUAUUUUUUUUUGUAUCCACGCGCGGCGCGAGUGAUUUCACAAAUUAGCUAACACGUCAAAGAACUCUAAUCUUGACAUGGAAUGACUGACAAGGUAAUUAUUCACGUACUUUUAGUUUUUUUUCGUGGAGUUUUAGUUAGCUGUUUUUGAGCUUUCGUUCGCGUAAAUUUGUUACCCCUUUGCUUGGAAAUUUAGGAAGUUUUGGACUUUUUAUUUUAGCCAAAAUAUGGUUCAUUUAACAAGUUUAAUCCAUAUUUUCUACGAAGUUUGGACUCUGGUCUCUUUUUUCGUAAACGGAUUUUUUACACGUCUGACUGGUUUUCAUAUCUGAGUAGACUUGACAAUUGGCAAGAGAGAAUAAGCCUUCUCAGUGAGCUUCAUUUGUUAGCAUUUAGCAAAAAAAGUGGCCGUCGAACGAUAAAACCUACUUUGAAAAAUGAAGUUCAUGAAACUUAGAACCAGAAAUUUUCAGCCUAACUUUACACCUAUUUAUACAUUUUAGGAGGUAAUGGCGGAGGUGAUGGAAAAGGUCUGAGAUUGAACACUGACUACAGAGACGGAGGCUCAGGCGACGGUCCUCUAGCAGGGAACGAAUGGACGAUUUGGAGUGAAUGGAGCGCCUGCUCCACUACCUGCGGGCGCAGCUUGAAAUUCAGACACCGCACCUGUAUUACUCGGCAGUCCUCCAACUGCCAGGGGGUUAAUCUGGAGACUAAAUACUGUCAAGUACCGAUGUGUGAUGGCAUUGUACCAACAUAACUUACUAAGCAUUUCUGUUUCAAAGGCUCUGGAUGACAGUCAGUAGUUAGCUACUUGUGAUUUAAGACAGUGAAAUGUUGACAAGAUCAAAUAACAUUCAAACAGAGUUUACUUGCGUUAUGUUUAUUCCUUUCCUUGUUUCUUUUGCAUUCAUUUUCAGUCUAAGCUUGGAUGAUACCUUGAAGUAUGUUUCAGAAUCACAAUUGUUGGUGUAAAAUGCGAAUCUUUUAAAAAGCUUGUAACUAGUUAGCAUAAUGUAACAACGCAAGGAAAGAAGAGCAUAACAACUUCAGUAUAGUGUUUGAAUACACAAAUGCAUCCAUGCAUUGUUCUUUUCUUUGGGAAAAGAAGCAGACAAGUUGUUUACGUCGACCCUCACGCAAGAAUCAAUUCCUAACUAAUUUCAAUUUCUCUGGUCUUUUGAACAAAAUGAACAAAAGACAUUUUUAAUGGUUCUCAAUGCGUCUUGGAAUGGUGAAGCGUUACAUCCUUG